UUUUAUGUCUUGCAGUUGAAGUUCUUUUUAGAAGCUUAAUCCUUCUCCGUCUAUUCGUCCUGAGCAUGCAGCAGAGUCUGGGAUUGUUUGCUAAUUCAGUGAUCUUUGUACCUGUUACACAGUCAUAAAAAAUCACAGGUGUCUCUAUCACAGAUAUUUCCUGCCACUGACAAACAUAUUGAGUAAUUUACUGGAAGGAAAUGUGUUUGUGUACAAAUGAUGACAUGCAGACAUGAACUCAUGCUUGAUGUCUCAGAGAGAUGACACAAAAAUGAAACCACAUGUGAGAGAUGGAUUCCUGCUAUUUAAAAGAAGGAAAAGCUAAUAAUGUCAAUCUUUCUUCUUCUCUUAAGGACACCAGCCAGAAUUAUUUACACCUGCAAAACACUACAAACAUGCACUACACUCUGGCUCUUCUGUUUUCUCUACUGCAACUCCUGACUGUGUGUACGGCUGCUCCUCUGUCAGUAGAGGUGGUGAAGAUGAAGUCAAAAGUGAAAUGGAUGGCUGAACAGCUGGUGGUCAGACUGAACAAAGACUUUCAGGUCCCUGAUGGCCUGACCAUCGAUCAGACUGCUUAUGACCUGAAUGGACCAGCCUCUAUAGUGACCAUCUUGGAGGGCUAUAACAGUCUGAUCUCAGACAGCUUUGAUGGAGUCUCCCAGGUCAAAUUUGAAAUCUCUUCACUGGCAGGUUACCUCGACCACUGGAGGCAGGGACACUGUAGCGUGCAGCCAUCAAAGCCUUCACUACCCGAACGUCUACAAGAGCUGCAGAGUCGUAAGGAGUUCAUUCACACAGUGAGCAUGGAGGCUCUCAUGAGAGUGAAGGAGUUUCUCAGUUUGCUGCUGAAGAAUCUGGACCAUCUUGAGACUUGCUAAAAGACUGUAAAUAGAAGCAAUACUUGUGAGUUGUUGAGCAAUUUUGCAUAAGUGAUGUCUGACUGCACCCUCCCGGGUCAUGUUAGACUUGAGUGAUGUUUUUUUAAAUAUGCAUUUAUUUAUAUACAUAUUUAUUUAUACAUUGUUUUAAGGAAAAUGUGUAUUUUUUAAUUGACAUUAAUUUUUUCACCAGAAUGUUCAUAGCAUGUGUUUUAAAAGGACUAUUUAUCAGCCAAAUGAUCUGUGCUUAGCAUACAAAGAUAAAUCAUAUGAACAAAUGUGUUUUAACUCCUCCCUGUGACAUGCCAACAGCCUUAAGUAAAAAUUUAUUGAUUUAUAUUUGAUUCAAACGCUGAGUCAGCCAGCGGAAACAUCACAAUAAGCAGUUGUCAUCUCUGGAAUUUCCUGAAAACCAGGGAGAAACUUGCCAAAUAUAACACAGGUGUUGGUAUGAGGUUGUCACAGUCAGGAGGGGCAAAGGGCAACUUCUAUUGCAGGUCAAUAUCAUCAGCUCUCCCAAAAUUGCUAUUUAUAUUUGUGGAUGAAAUUGUGUAUAUUUUUGUACAGCUGCUUGUAUUUUUUAUUUCUUGAUAAAAACUGAAUAAAUAUUUAAUACAAAAAGUUAAGAGACAUAUG